AUGCCCAACACGACCUUCAACGCAACCAUCUCGUACUCAACGCUCAACGUCUCGUUGGUCGUGACGAGAAGCGCGUCAAGCGGUCUCAACUACUCGUUGCAGUCGCUCCGGGGCGUGUCGUUGGCGCCCGCCGGGUCGCCCACCCACAUGGACUGCGCCGUCCGUCCGCCGCGCUGUUCGCAGGCCCGCGCGUUUGCCGUCAGCUUGCAGUACAGCAACCUCAUGGACCCCAGGGAGGCUCACGAUGUGGCGACGAUGUCGAUGACGUAA